UAAAGCCAUCUUUUGUCCACUUGUGUAAAUUGAUUUUAUUGGUAUAGAUGUAUCUUAAAUAAAUAUUUCUUUUAAUAUUAUUUAAUAUUUAUGUUGCUAAAUAUAUUUUUACUUCUUUGUUACCUUUUAAAAGUAUUCGAAUUACAUCAUAAAGCCAUUUGGGAUGUUCUGGUACUCUGGGCCUAAUUAUACCUGGAUGAGUUCUGUGUUUCAUUUCUCCAACUGAUAUUUUAUCAAGUACAGGCUCUAUGACUUGAAAUUUAUUCUUCGUUGAAUACUAUUUAAAAAAAGGAGCACAGCAUGUAAAAUUAACUUAGAAUUCUUUAUUAGACUAAUCAACCAUCAAUAUUUUUUAAACAAACGAAAUCACUCGAAAAUAAUACUAAAGUUUUUAAUUGCUUAGCACUACUCUACAUUAAAAUAAUAGUAUUAAUUGUUUAAUUACCCAUCGUAAUUGUUUGUAUCUCGCGAAUGUUAGUUUUGUUGACAUAAUGAACAAUCUUAUUGUUUUUUGUCAAUUGUUUCCGAUGCAGAUUACUUUGGAACAGUGGACCUAUCUAUAAUAAAUUUACAACCAAAAAUAUCAAUUACUUUUUCCAAUAAUUAUAGUAACAAAAACUGAAAUGUGAUUGUGAAAUAAUUUUAAAACGUGCAUUAUAUCAUAAGUACUAUGCGGUGUUCAUAACCUGAAUGAAUUUGUGUACAAUGCAAGUACCUUUCGUAAGUUCAAUUUGUUUUUCCUAAAAUAACUCGUUAUGACUUCUCUUGAUGAACCAUUUAUUCUGAUACCUGUACUUUACUGUAUUUGUUAAAGUACGGGUACUGCAAUCAUCGAACAAUUUAAUUCCUGAACGAAAAUGAAGUUCGCAGAGCAUUUAAGUGCUCAUAUUACACCAGAAUGGAGAAAACAAUAUAUAAAUUACGAGGAAAUGAAAGCUUUGCUCUAUGCAGCAGUAGAGCAAGCACCAUCAGCAGAUACAACAGAAUCGCAUGUAUUGGAACGUUAUUUUAAUAAGUUUGAUGACAAAUUUUUUCAUUAUUGUGACAAAGAACUAGCAAAGAUAAACACAUUUUAUUCUGAAAAGCUGGCAGAAGCUACACGAAGAUUUGCAAGUCUGAACAAUGAAUUAAGCGAAAUUUUAUCAGUCUCUGAGGAUAAACAGGGGAGCCGUAAAUCUCGUUAUCGUAAUAAUAUUCUGCACAAAAAGCCAGUCUCAGCACGCAAACUUCAGGAACUAAAAUUAGCUUUCUCUGAAUUUUAUCUGUUUCUUAUUUUACUUCAAAAUUAUCAAAAUCUUAAUUUCACUGGAUUCAGAAAGAUAUUAAAAAAGCACGAUAAACUUUUAAAUAUAGAACUUGGGGCAAAAUGGAGGGCAGAACAUGUAGACACAGCAUUGUUUCAUACACACAAAGAUAUAGACAGACUUAUUGCCGAAACGGAAGCAUUAGUUACUCGGGAUUUAGAACAGGGAGACAGACAGCGUGCUAUGAAACGUUUAAGAGUACCUCCACUUGGAGAACAACUAUCUCCAUGGAUUACAUUUAAAGUUGGAAUAUUUUCUGGGGCUUUCGUUGUACUUCUCAUAGCGGUAUUACUGUCAGGUAUACGAUAUAAAGAUAAUAAUAACUGGCGAGUUUUAUGCAGAUUAUAUCGCGGACCACUUCUCAUUGUUCAGUUUUUCUUCCUUAUGGGAAUAAAUGUGUAUGGGUGGAGAUCUUCUGGUGUAAAUCAUGUCUUAAUAUUUGAGCUUGAUCCUAGGAAUCAUCUGUCCGAACAGCAUAUAAUUGAAAUGGCAAGUGUGUUUGGGCUUGUUUGGUCCUUAUCAAUAUUAGGUUUCCUGUACAGUGAAACAUUAGGAAUACCACCAUUUGUUCAACCAAUGUUAUUAUAUACAUUAUUAGCUCUAUUUUUAUUUAAUCCAACAAAAACUUUGCGACACGAGGCUAGAUUUUGGGCGCUUCGAGUUAUGGGAAGAAUAUUUUGCGCCCCCUUCUUUUAUGUCGGCUUUGCUGAUUUUUGGCUCGCUGAUCAGUUGAAUUCCCUCCACACUGUUUUCUUAGACUUCCAGUAUUUUGUGUGCUUUUAUGUACAAAACUCUUCUUGGACUAGUGUUACAGACGCAGAAACUUGCAUAAUGCGAGAACUAUCGAUGAGACCAUUUGUGGCUUGUUUACCAGCCUGGUUUCGAUUCGCACAAUGUUUGCGUCGGUACAGAGACACAAAAGAGGCCUUCCCCCAUCUUGUAAAUGCAGCGAAAUAUGCUACCAGUUUCUUUGUUGUAGUUUUUUCAUAUCUACAUUUGACUAACUCCAAGUAUUAUGUGAUGUCGACAGAGAACCCUUAUUUUUAUCUGUGGAUCACCGCAAGUAUAAUGAGUUCUUGUUUCGCUUACACAUGGGAUGUGAAAUUGGAUUGGGGAUUAUUCGAUAGCAAUGCGGGAGAAAAUAAAUUUCUCAGAGAAGAAAUAGUUUAUUCUUCUCCAUACUAUUAUUACUUUGCUAUAAUUGAGGAUUUUAUACUUCGUUUUGGUUGGGCAUUUUCCUUGUCUCUAACUGAAAUGGGAUAUGUACAUGCAGAUUUGAUGGUCUCUAUAGUUGCUCCAUUGGAAGUGUUCAGGAGAUUUAUAUGGAACUUUUUCCGCUUGGAAAACGAGCAUCUGAACAAUUGCGGGAAAUUCAGAGCGGUUAGAGAUAUAUCCGUUGCUCCCGUCGAUUGUUCCGAUCAAACGCAAAUUUUACGAAUGAUGGAUGCAACGGACGGCGUGGUGAACAGAAAGAGAAAGCAAAAAUUAACGGAGAAAAGCAAACCACGUGCUCUCUCGAAAGGCGAAUCAUUGAUUUGCGACGUAGACACUUAAACGACAUUUCUCAUCUUAUAUUUCGAACUAGAACAACCUGCCCCUAUUUGUACAAAUAAUUUACUUACUUUGCAUUCGUUCAGUGCCUCCUCGGCAUGUACAAAAAGAAUAUUAUUUUCUGACGUCGAAUGCUGGUUAUGCCCACCUUUUUCAAACCUAGUCGAAACCUGUGUCGAAGUUCAAAUAAAUUCAGGCAUCGCUUGACGGAGGUUAACGUAUGAAUAUAUAUUACCUGUUAAAUGUGAAAUAUGCAUAAUUGUAUGAAUGUUGUAUAAGAUCGUUGGAUAUUGUUUAAUAAUCACACUCGUAUAUUCGAAUCGUUUAACGAUCGUUGAACGCGGGAAUAGUGAGCAUCGAGAAUCGACACUCUCGAGGCGGUUCGAGAUAAUCGAUGGGACGAUUCGUCGAUUUAUUCGAAUUUCUUCGAAAUACGUAAUGUUUAUCACAAACUGU